CUUGUAGGUGCUAUAUUGUUUAUAAGUAUGUAGCAGUUAUUCAAGGAUCAUUGUCAAGUCUUCCAAAACAAUGUGUUCCUUUUACUUGUUUGUGGCACUUGUCUUGCUUCCCCUUUUUAGUAUGCUGUCUUUUACUGCACGUUCUACUGAUUUUCACGUUGGUGUGAUUCUUGAUUUGAAUUCAACGGCUUCACCUGUGGGGCGUAUAGGAAUGAGAAGCUUAAAAAUGGCGCUGGAAGAUUUCCAUUCAUUUCAUGGAGACUACAAAACUAGACUGGUUAUCCAUCCAGUAGAUUCAAAAGGAAGUGUUGUUGAUGCUGCUGCUGCUGCUCUUCAUCUGCUGCGGGAUGUGAAAGUUGAUGCCAUAAUUGGUCCUCAAAAGUCUGCACAGGUUAACUUUGUGAUGGAUUUGGGAGAUAAGGCUCAUGUACCAAUUAUAUCCUUCUCUGCAACAAGUCCCUCCCUUGCUCGUCAAACUCCUUAUUUUGUCCAGACGGCUCAGAGUGAUGCCAAUCAUGUUCAGGCUAUUGCUUCCAUAAUUAAAGAGUUCUCGUGGACACAGGUCGUGUUCAUCUAUGAGGACACGGAAUAUGGAAAUGGCAUUAUCCCUUAUCUGUCUAAUGCGCUCCAAGAUGUCAAUGCUCGAGUUCCGUAUAGAAGCGUGCUUCCCGUAUCAGCCACCGAUGAACUUAUAGGCAAUGAACUUUACAAAAUGAUGACCAUGCAGACACGAGUUUUUGUAGUGCACAUGACUCGAUUUCUCGGAACCAGACUUUUUCUAAAAGCAAGAGAAUUAGGGAUGAUGACUGAAGGAUACGUAUGGAUCAUUACCAGUGGUAUGACGGAUCAUUUCAGCUCGUUCAGUUCAGAUGUUGCUGAGGCUAUGCAAGGGGUUCUUGGUGUAAGGCCUCUAAUCCCCAAAUCUAGUGAACUCAAUUCCUUUGCUUCUAGAUUGAGGAUGAUUCGUCAAGAUAAUCCUGACAUGAAUCGGGAUGAGAUGAGCAUAUUUGGUCUUUGGGCGUAUGAUACUCUGUGGGCUCUCGGUCUGGCAGCUGAAAGAGUUGGGAGUAGUAGGUCAAGUUCAAGUACAACUGAGAAUGAAACCAGUGCCAACUUCUCUAGCCCUUUUACUUUCAGAGUUUCAGAAACAGGUCCCGAGCUUCUCAAAGCAUUUUUGGGUACGAGGUUCAAUGGACUUUCCGGAGAAUUUAACCUAGCUGAAGGACAGUUGAAGCAGACAUCAUUCGAGAUAGUUAACGUUGUCGGAAGCAUAGAGAGGCCUGUAGGAACCUGGACCCCGUUGUCUACCUCAAUGGGAACUUUUAGGAGUAUCAUUUGGCCCGGAGACUCAAUAAAACCGCCAAGAGGUUGGGAAUUUCCAAUAAACGGUAAAAAACUAAGAAUCGCAGUGCCAGAGAAACUUGGUUUCAACGACUUCUUGCAAGUGCAGACAGAUAAUCGAACAAAUGAAACAACAGUCAGUGGAUACUACAGAGAGGUGUUUGAUUCUGUCAUGCAUGCAUUGCCCUAUGCUCUACCGUACGAAUUUGUCCCAUAUUCAUUUAUUAAACCCGACGGUUCAAGAUUUGGUAACUACAAUGAUCUCGUGUUUCAAGUUUCGUUACAGAAAGAUUAUGAUGGUGCUGUUGGAGAUAUCACCAUUACUUCUAACAGAUCUGGUUUUGCGGAAUUCACUAUGCCAUUUGCAGAAGGAGGUGUUGCCUGUAUAGUUCCCAUCAAGUAUGAGGAUGUGAAUGAUGUAUUAAUAUUUUUACAUCCCCUUACUAUACAACUGUGGUUAACCACUGCUAUCCUUUACAUCUCGACCGCUAUGGUAACAUGGAUUCUCGCAAAGAGGCUCGUGCAAAGCUCCAGGGAAUCGCUCAGUCAACAUGUUGGCAUGAGUUGCCUCUUGCCAUUCUUUCCUGGAGAACGGAUCGAAGUCAUUUUGAUUUGUCUGAUUCUGGUGACGUGGGCUUUUGUAGCAAAUCUGCUUAGCUCAACCUACACUGCCAGUUUAUCUUCCAGGCUCACGAUUGCAAAUCUCCGAGGGAGUGUGACAAAUGUGGAGCAACUUAUCGCCAACGGAGACUAUGUUGGGUAUCAAGAUGGUUCGUUUCUUGAGAGUCACUUGAUCAAGUUGGGAUUUGAUCAAGCAAAACUAAAAAAUUAUACAUCUGCUGAUGGUUGUAAACAAGGUUUAUCCCUGGGAAGCAAAAAUAAUGGUAUAUCGGCCUACUGCGAUGUCUUGCCCCACAUCAAGGUAAUACUAUCUCAAGCGUGUGGCAAGUACGUUAUGAUCAACCCUGUCUAUCGCACAGACGGAUUCGCCUUUGCCUUCCCCAAGGCUUUUCCUGCAGUGCCUGCUAUCUCCCGGGCCAUUAUCCAACUGACGGAAAAUGGCACGAUUCCUAACCUUGAGCAGCUGUACUUUCCCAAGCCAGAGUGUGACGUUUCCAACAGUAGUAGCCCCCCGCUUGCCACAGUGUCGUUGCGAAGCUUCUCUGUGCUCUUCGCCAUCACGGGUUUUGUAACCAUGACUUGCUUAUUUGUUUCACUGACACUCCAUCUACACAAGAAGACACCUCUUGAUCAAAGGAUUGCAGACUUGAGAGCCAGUGCCGGCUCAAGAAUUCGCCAAUAUGUGAAACGAGACCACCGUCCCUCUUCUCCUACGGCGAUAGAGAUAGGACAAGUGGAAGAAAUUAGGCCGUCUUCGAAUGAUGGUGUCGUGGAGAUAGAGGUUAUACCCUCUCACCACUGAUAUUCAUAAAUCUUUGUUGCUUUAAGUAUUAUAGAUAUGGUUAGACCAACAAAAGAGAAUGUAGUGAUUCCUACUGAAUAUUACAUAUUCAUAGAUGCGUUUAUA